UCUGUGUGACGUUAAAAGUCGCCUCCUCUUCACUCUGAGUCAUUUGCUCACACACUCUCAGGAGGACGGCAGAAACUGUGGUGACGAGGAAAGAGCUGAGUAAAACAGUCUCAAGAUGACGAUUGGAAAGAGCUCAAGGAGAAGUUCCACUCGCAGUUCCAUUCGCGCUCCGAAGUUUCUGGACAAAUCCAGUGGGCUCUACGGUCGCCUUGAUGAGCCUGCUGGAGAAGGAGAAGUGACGAGUAGGAUGGAGGGAGGACAGGCCACUGAGACGCCAGCUCAGGUGCAUGUUCCUGUUCGAGAAGUGGACGUGGAGGCUUUCGACUCCAUGAUGGAGGACGACUGUGAGACUCUUCUGCGCAGGAAGCCCAGCCGCCUCAGCAGCAGGUGGAGGAGAAGCUCCAGGAGGAAGCAGCGAGAGGAGGAGAGGGAGGAUGAGCUGGAACCCAAAGACAAGAAGCCCAGUCUGGAGAGUGAAGCGAAGCAGGAUGUCAAGGUCGCAGAGGACAAGAGGGACACACAUGUGGUCGUCCACUUCCAGAUCAGGGAGGACGCUGACGACCAGGUGCUAAUAAGAGACAAGAACACGAGAGAGGAUGAGCAGACAGAGGAGGAGAGGAGAAUGAAGAAGGAGCAGGAGGACGGAGUGAAGGCAGUGAAGAAAAUCUCGGCAAAGAAUUACCGAAAGGCUUUGGACCGUGCCCUCCGCCGUGGCUGGGAGAGCUUCAUCACAAACCUGUACAGUGUCACCCUCACCCCUGUGACAUCAUCGUCAUCCUCGCCGUCGCCAUCCUCCAAGCAGAGCCAUCAUCAACAGGCGCUGGCUGACUUUCAGUAGAGAACUGUUGGGACAGGUUCCAUGUAUGAAGCAGGGGGACGUGUGAUUUCUGCUGUGAGCCAGCUCAGCUUACUGUGACGUUUGAGAGGACCGAGUUCUGCUGCUGCUGCUUCACUAUAAUGUGUCCGGUGUCAUGUGACUACAGACGACAAACACACCGACAAAAUCAAUUGCAUUUUCAAUGAACGAUAACAUGGUGGGAAUGAACUGUUUCAUUUCAUUGUCAAAUACAUGGUCAAUGGUUGAACCUCUGGAGUUAUGAUAAGUAACCUUUAGUGUCUUUUAAUCUGCUUUUGGAAUAUCACAGUUGGCUUCUCUGUUUAAAGCAAUGACUCAUUGGUGGUGCGCUUUAUUCCACUUGUGAGACUUCAUUUUUGUCUAUUCAUGACCGCAUCGCUGCUUGAACUUACACGAUGAAACUAUGCAAAAGUUGAUGUGUGACUGUAGGGAGCUUGAUGCCAGGAGGAGGAGGAGGGAGGUGGAGGGAUGACAUCACAUGUGUUGAUCAGUAACUUUUAUGGCCUGUUGUUUAAGAAUUAUCUCCAAGAGCCUGGAGUCAGUUAUCAGGCAGCUCAGAACAUUCAGCCAGCCAGUUCUGCUUCCACUUAGAUUUGUUCUGUUCAGACACACAUGUAAAUAUAUUUUGGUUAAACAUUGUCGUAGGUCAAAGGUUAUCUCUUAUGAAGGUUCACAGACUGGAAGGGAAACAUGACAAGGCCUGAAAUCAGUUCUUGUAGAAAUGUCAAUCUGAUGUUUACCAUGGUGGUUGGUUUUUAAUCGCCAUGAUCCAAUUUAUUUCA